AAUCUAUUGCUUUGGACCGUACAAUACAAUACAAAACCUUUCUUCUUCUUCUUGUUGCUCUCUUUCUCUCUUUUCUCCACUUUCCACAAAACGACACUUAAUUCGUUGUCGUUUCUCUCUGAGGAGAAUAUUCCAAUCCAAACACGAUGAACAACGAUACCUCUGUUCCUCUAGACAGAGACGAUGACGUCGAUUGGGAGAUGAGGCCCGGCGGCAUGCUUGUUCAGAUGCGAGAAGACGAACUCCACGCCGCCGCCGCCACCGGAGCUGCUCCUCCUUCUCGUGGUCCUAUGAUCAAAAUCACUGUCUACCAUGACACGGCUCACCACGAGCUCUUCGUCCCUGCUCAAUCCACUUUUGGGGAUGUAAAGAAGGUUCUUUUACAUAAAACUGGUUUGGAGCCCAAUGAGCAGAAACUCUUAUUUAGGGGAAAAGAAAGGGAGGAUGAGGAGCACUUGCACAUGUCAGGGGUAAAGGAUAAGUCAAAAAUUGUACUUUUAGAGGAUCAAGCAAGCAAAGAAAGGAAGCUUGAGGAGAUGAAGAAGAGCCUUGAGAUAGCAAAAGCAUCUGAAGCUGUUGCUCAAGUCAGAGCUGAAGUUGACAAGCUCACAGAAAGGGUUGAUGCCUUGGAAGUGGCUGUGAUUGGUGGAACCAAGGUUGAGGGGAAGGAAUUUGAUGUAUCAACAGAGUUGCUCAUGAGACAGUUGCUGAAGUUGGAUGGUAUAAAAGCUGAAGGAGAAGCGAAACUGCAGCGGAAGGCUGAGGUACGUCGCGUCCAGAAAUAUGUGGACGCACUGGACAACCUGAAGGGAAGAAAUGCUAAUCCAAUUAACAACCCUAGCAAUGCUGUAUCAGUAACAACCCAAUGGGAGACAUUUGAGAAUGGUGUGGGAAGCUUGAGUGCCCCACCCCCGACGCAGUCUCCAACAAAAGUAAACCAAGAUUGGGAACGGUUUGAUUAGUGCUAAGUUAUAUUCAUGUGAUCUAUAAAAAUUAUUGUAGGAUGUAUACACACCAAUUAUUAUUUGAAUAACUUUGAUUCUUCAAUCAUAGUGUGAGUUUGGUUGUGGUACGAACUUGUCUAGAAACUAUAACGAUAAUUGCUGUGCUCGGGAACAAAUGAAAUUAGCAGGCAUUUUAUUA